UUAGUUUUAAUUUUCUAUAUUUUAAAUUAUGUAAUGUGGUUUUAAUUAAUAUAAAAUAUGUUAUUUAUUUAAUAUUUUAUUUAUUUAACAAAAUGGUAAAAAAAAAAUAAUAAUAAUAAUAUAAAAGUGAAUGUUGUUAGUGGUGUGGAGUGGGUUGGUGUGCAGGCGCAGAGGUGGUGUGAAGGUCCGGUCAGUUUGUAAUGACACUCCAUAUCCAAGAACAAACAAUUUUGAUAGGAAAGAUCCCUCUAACGACUUCUCUUGGGAGCUUUUAUAGUAAAUGGAAUAUAUAGAAUUGUGAUCAAUCAAAUAUUGCAAAGUCCCGGUAUUUAUUACCCUAAUGUAAUUCAAUCUCCCCGGAAAGAGAAGAGCAAAAAAGGCGCAUGCUCUUCAGUCUCCUCGUACAACCGCUUGCUCGCGGCCGCCGCCACCGCCACAACCUCCCUGAUCUUGCUUUUAUCCGUUCAAAUUUCUGUUAGGAGAAGCAUAGUUCGAAGAUAUAUACUUAAAACUUCCAGCUCUUUUGGCAUCUUCUAAAUCACCCAAAACGGUAUAUACAAUAUCUUCACGGACCUCCAAUUAGGCUACGUUAAGUUAAUUACUCUCCCGUUGACAGUUGAACACCACCUCUCUUAAUUUCAUAGGCAGUUUUUGUUUUAGGGUUUUUGUGCAUGGACAACUGUAAAUUUUGGUGUUGUAGGGUUUGUAAUUCAGUAACAUUCCUCAAAUCAAUCAGGUUUAGAGAGAGAUGGGGAGAGCAAAGAAGGGUCCCAAAUUCGCUGUAAUGAAGAAACUUGUCUCUCAUAAAGCGAUUAAACAACAUAAAGAAGACGUCUUGAACCCUAAUAAAAAGGAUUUAACAAAGCUCCCUAGAAAUGUACCCUAUGUUUCUUCUGCUCUGUUCUUUACCUACAAUACAGCGCUUGGGCCACCUUAUCGGGUUUUGGUCGAUACCAACUUCAUCAAUUUCUCAAUCCAAAAUAAAACUUUUGAUGUAGUUGGACUUGGAGAAGGGAAUGAUGAAUUGCUUAUAUGCAAAAUCACAAAUGCUAUUUGGUAGCGACAUGUGAUAGAGAUUUAAAGCGUAGGAUUCGCAAGAUACCUGGUGUGCCAAUUAUGUAUAUCACACAACACAAGUACUCAAUUGAAAGAUUGCCUGAAGCAACAAUGGGUGGAGCUCCAAGAAUGUGACAUUUUAGGUGUUCAUGCUUUGCAUUAGAGUCUGUUUUUGAUAAUAUGUUGCUGUUAUCGGUUUUUAAUUUAUCGGCUUUGUGUUAUGAUGAUACUUGUAAUAUAUGAGAUGAAUUUGGAGAUGAAUUUUGUAAAUUUUAAAAGCUUAGUUGUUUUUGUUGA